AGAUGAUUCUCAAUCCUCUAGAAAUAAUGAGCUGGGCUCCAUUGGGCCAUCGGCCCAUUUCCGCUCUUCCUCUUCAACCAGUUUCUCUCUCUACCUCGCCUCUCUCUCGCUCUAAAAUAGUACGUGUGUACAUGGACCGUGUGUUUAGUUUCCACUUGUAAAUAUUUACAAUUGCAGCAAUGGCGGAACAAUCAAACACUGGCGCCAGGAGAAUAAGAAGAAGUGAUAUUGAAAGCAUGAGAUGCCCUCACUGCGCCGGGCCCCUUUCCAAAGAGAUGGAGACCAGUGAGUGGACUGUUCCGCCACUAAUUAGGGAUAGCUUUUCUAUGAUAGGAUCGGCUGUUGGUGGCACUGCGGGGGCCUUUUAUGGCUUCAACCACGCUAUGCCAGUUGUUCAGAAGUGGGUCAGAGGACCUAUGUGGUUGCAUUUUCUCAUUGGUGCCCCACCCGUCAUUGUAUUCUCUUCAGGUUGUGCUGGGUUGGCAGGUGGUGCCGUUCCAGCACUAGCACAACUUGCAUCAUCAUCUUAUCAUGCGGCAAUGUCAUCUUCAUCCUCGCCACCUUCAUCCUCAUAGGACAAGAACAUCCUUGGACAAGAUUAAUUUAUAUGCACAGCUCUUUUAUAGAUUAAUUGAUAUGAAUUGGGACGUUUGUAAAUAUAAACUACUUCAACUCUGUUGCUCUCGCUGCCACUGAGAAAAGGGAGAAGAUACCUCAAUUCCUAGUACCGUCCAUUACUAUUCGUACUUGGAUGCAUAUAACAUGCAUCUGCUAGGUUUUGCUGCAUUUAA